AUGAGUUCAACAAUGACAAAAGGCAAAACUAGCAAACAAAUAUCAUGUAAAGUUCGCAUGUUAGAUGAUCAAGAAUUACCAUUUCAUAUUGAUCCAAAAGCAACUGGACAAGAUUUAUUUACUACAGUUUGUAACUAUAUAGAUUUACUUGAAAAUGAUUAUUUUGCACUUGAAUAUCUUGAUAGUCGUCGAAAUACUUGUUGGCUUGAAAUGGAUAAACCUGUACUUAAACAAGUUACUGAAACGAAAUUUUCAUUUUGUGUUAAAUUUUAUACACCAGAUCCUGGUCAAUUAGAAGAAGAAUUUACUAGGUAUCUUUUUGCAUUACAAAUAAAACGUGAUCUUCAUAUUGGUACACUACUAUGUAGUGAUAACACGGCUGCUUUACUUGCAUCAUAUAUUGUUCAAGCGGAAAUUGGUGACUAUCUUGAAUCAUAUAAUAACAAUCCAAGUUAUUUAGGUGGUCGAAAAUUUUUUCCACAUCAAACAGCUGAACAUGAAAUUCGUAUAAUGAAUUUUCAUAAAAAUCAUGUUGGUCAACUUCCAGCCGAUGCCGAUCUUAAUCUACUUGAUAUUGCUCGUAAAGUCGAAUUAUAUGGUAUAAAAAUGCAUCCAGCUAAAGAUCAUGAACAAGUCAAUCUUAAUUUGUCCGUUGCACAUAUGGGAAUACUUGUCUUUCAAAAUAUAACGAAAAUAAAUACAUUUUCAUGGGCUAAAAUUCGUAAAUUAAGUUUUAAACGUAAAAAAUUUCUAAUUAAAUUACAACCAGAAGGCUAUGGUUAUUAUAAAGAUACAGUUGAAUUUUAUUUUGAUACACGUGAUGAAUGUAAAAAUUUUUGGAAAAAAUGUAUUGAAUAUCAUGCUUUUUUUCGUUGUGUAACUAUAAAACGAACACCACGUUCAAGAAGUAAAUUAUUAACACGUGGUUCAUCAUUUCGAUAUAAUGGUCGAACACAAAAAGAAAUUGUUGAAUAUGCACGUGAACAUUAUGUUAAAAAUCGAACAUUUGUUAGAUCUUAUUCCAAUACUCGAACAGUUGCACCAACAACUAAUCGUUCACUUCGUUCACCUGGUACAGGACUUAAAUCAUCAGAUACAAUGCGAAGUCAAGAUACAAAUCUAUCAUCUGUUGAAUCAACUCGUCAACAUUCACGACAACCAGGAAUUUCAACAACAACUCCAACAAAACAUCAACCAAUAAUGGCAACAGGAACUACAGAUAUAACUAUUUCAACAACACCGAAUGAUAUUUAUCAACAAGUUUAUCAUGAUGAUUCAUCAACACAUGGUAGUAGAACAUUAGAUUCAAGAUUUAGUCGUGAUAAAUAUGAUCUAUCGGGUGGUGGUACUACAGACGAAGAUGAAGAACAUGAAGAAGAACAAAAUAUUCAAAAUCAAUCUAAUGAACAAACACAAAAAUCAAUUAAUGGUUCAUCAUCACCACCACCGCCACCAUCAACAACAACAACAACGAUUCCACAUGAUACAGAAAAAAUUGAAAUUGAACAAACAAUAAAUUCCAAACGUGAAAUUGAACUUGAUGAAUUAGAUAAAAGUAAGUCGCCGGGUAUAGAAAAUAUUUUAUGUAAAGACAUACAUGAUAAUAAAGAGGAAGAAGAUGAAGAAGAAAAAGAAGAAGAUUAUAGUGAAUCGAAUCAUAAAAAAGAAAAUCGUGUAAGCUUAGAAAUUUAUCAUAAUGAUAAUAAAAAAAAUAGUAAAAAUAAAGAUAUUAAAAAUCUAUUGAAUCAAUCUGAAAAUGUAAAACGUUAUUCAUCAUCAUUAAAAAUGUAUUUAAAUACACGACAUUCAACACGUGGUUCACAUUCAAUAUGUAUUACAACAAAUGUAAAUAAUUUCAUAAAUGAUAAUGAAGAUGAUGAACAACAAAAAUUAUUAUUAAAACGUUCACAACAACAACAACGUUCAAAUUCAUUACAGUUAGAACGUACAUUAUCAAUAGAUUUAACACAUUCACCAUCAAGUUCAUCAUCAUCAUUAUUAGAACCACCAAAUAUUGAACGUUUAAUUGGUUCAAAUAUUCAUGAUCAUAAUGAAAAUUUACCAAUAGAUCAUAUCGCACCACCAAUGGUUUUAGAAAUACGUUCAAAGCCACAUUCAUUACCACGUAUGACAAAUUAUAUUGAAUAUAUUGAUAGACGUAUAUUACCAUCAAUAAACAGUCUAUCAUGGCAAGAUGAUACAAUCGCCAGUGAUCAAAUUAUACCAUUGUAUGAAAAAGAAUCUUCCGAAGAUUCAAUAGAAUUAGUUCGACAAGUAAUUGAAUCUAUUCUUACACAAAUUCUUGAAGAAGAAAGACAACUAAUCGCUACUGUUGAUCGUCUUGUCGAACAAGCAUGUUCACGCGCAUUGAGUCUAUAUCUUAUGGAGUGUCGUGCACAAAUAUUUGCUGGAUCUUCUCAUAUACCUCAUCAUAAAUCAUGCAUUUUAAAAACAGAAAAAACUGAUAAGAAUCAUGAUAAUGAUAACGAUGCUAAUAAUCUAGCAUCUCGUUUACGUACAAAAUCAAGUCCAGUAAUUGCAACAACAACUGAUUGGACUGAUAUAAGUCGUAAAUUGGCUGCUCAAACAUGUUUUGCUGCAUUUCCAAGUGGAAAUAAUUUACAUGACUUAAAUCGAUCAGAUUUUUCAACAUUUUCAGAAGCUAAACUAAAAUUUUUUAAUAUUGUUUCAAAUGAUGUAAUUCCUUCGCAAUCUUCUAUUUCACUUCCUCCACUUCUUCCUCUUUCUACAUCUGUUCCUAAUGUUAUGUCAUCAUCAUCAUCAACACGUUCAUCUCGUGCUUCUUCCGUUUCAUCCUAUGCAUCAUCAAUGCAUGUGCCAUGUCCACCUGUACUUGACAGCCACUUAAAACGUCAUCAACGUCCAUUAUCAGCACGUCUUCUUGAUUUAAGUGAUGAUUCAGAUUCGAAUCCAACAACAUCUAUAAGUACUAGUUUAAAAACUUGUAUUAUUCCGACAACAAUAUCUAAUCCUAAUCCUUCCUUUCCUCCACCAGUACGUGCUCAACGUCGUCUUCAACAACAACAAAAACGACGUUCAACGGAAGAUCUUAAUUCAUCAAGUGAUGAUUCACUUUCAAAUCAUUUAAAUAAAGCAGCCGGUUAUCGUUCUGUUUUUGUUCAACGAGAUUCAAUAUCAACAAAUCAACAACAGUAUCGUCGUGAGAUAAGUGGAUUUGUGAAUAAUCAUCGACCUGUACCAUCUAUAACAAAUAGUACACCACCAGGAAGAUCAUCAACUACUGAGCAACAAUUAAUUUCAGUAGCACAAAGAUUAAGUCUUACUAAACAACCUUCAAUCAUCAGUAAUGAUAAUGGUGAUAUUAAUAGUUUAAAUAAAAGGUCUUCAAUUGGAGAAAGUAUAUUACCAGUUUCUUCUGUGUUAAAAACAUUUAUUAAUCAGCCUGAUGAAACACAUAUCGAUGAUAAUAAGAUUCGAGCAGUUCCAAUUAUUCAUGAAUAUCGUUCACCAACAACAACUUUGACGUCCAGAAUAAAUUCAUCAAUAUCUUAUCCAAUGACUCAACCAAUUGCCGGCAUACCACGAUUAAUUGGUACUGUGCCACCAUCAUCGGCACAAAUUCAUUUUCCAACAUCAGUCUCAUCAACAAUGAUAAUAUCAUCUGCACAUGAUCGAGCAUUUUUUAUUUGUAAAGAAUUAUUAAUGACUGAACGAACAUAUAAAAAAGAUAUUGAAGUUAUUGCUGAUAAUUUUCGUCGUGAAUUAAUGCUAAUUAUUAAUGAACAAAAUGAAAUAUUUAUUGAAGGAGAACAACAACAACAACAUUAUUCAGAAAAAGAUGCAUUAAUUAAUUUAGCUGAUUUGUUAUUUACUCAUUUAGUACCUAUUUAUAAUUUUCAUAUUCAUUUUCUUCGACAACUUGAACAAAGAAUAUCACUUUGGGAAAGUCGUUCUAUACCAGGUAAUGAAUGUUUAUCUGGAGAAACAACAAAUCAACAAAUCGGUGAUCUUAUUGUGAAUUUAGUUGAAAUUUUACCAAAAUAUGAAAGUUAUGUAGAAAAUUAUGAUCAUUUAUUAAGUGAACUUGAACAUAUACUUAAACGUAAUCGACGUUUUGAUUUAAUGUACAAAGAAUUUGAAUCACAAAAAUUUUGUUAUUUAUCAUUUAUAUCAUUUUUACUUAAACCAUUACAAAGACUUUUACAUUAUGAAUAUUUACUAGAAAAAUUACUUAUAUAUUAUAAACAAAAUAACCAUGAAAUUGAUUAUCAAGAUUGUUAUGGAAUUUAUAUUAAAAUUCAAGAUUAUAUUGAAAAUUUUACAGAAUCAUUGACAUUAUUGCAAAAUCGACAAAAAUUAAUUGAACUUCAACGUGAUUUAAUUGGUGUAGAUAAUCUUUCAAUUCAACAUGAUCGACAAUUUAUACGUGAAGGUUGUUUACAAAAAUUAUCACGAAAGGGUUAUCAACAAAGAAUGUUUUUUCUGUUCUCUGAUGUUUUACUUUAUUGUGCUCGUAGUUCGAGUCCAAUACUUCAAUUUAAAUUACACGGUGAACUUCCAUUAAAAUUAAUGACAGUUGAAGAUAGUGAUGAACGUGCUAAAAUUCCUAAUUCUAUCACAAUACAUACGGGUACUCGAUCGUUACUUGUAGCAGCAAGUUCGGAAGCUGAAAAGAAUAAAUGGUUGAAUGAUUUAAAAUCAGCUAUUGAAAACAUAAAAACUAGUGGUGAUGAACAUAAAAAUCAAUAUACAUCUACACUAAAAUCGAAUGCAUCAUCUGAAAAUCUUGAUCAUUCAAUUGUAGGAACAAUUGAAGAAGAAAAAGUACAUCAAAUAGAACGUUCAUGUAUCCAACAUCGUGCUAAUACAACAAUGCAUGUAUGUUGGCAUAGAAAUUUAUCUGUAUCAAUGAAUGAUCAUCGACAAUCAAUUAAAAAUCAAUUAAGUGGUUAUUUAUUACGUAAAUUUAAAAAUUCAAAUGGUUGGCAAAAAUUAUGGGUUGUUUUUACAAAUUUUUGUUUAUUCUUUUAUAAAACUUAUCAAGAUGAUUUUCCAUUAGCAUCCUUACCAUUGCUUGGUUAUCGUAGUUCAUUACCAUCAGAAACCGAUGGUGUUAAUAAAGAUUUUGUAUUUAAGCUUCAAUUUAAAAAUCAUGUUUACUUUUUUCGUGCUGAAAGUCAAUAUGCUUUUGAUCGAUGGAUGGAAGUUGUUUCCAGUACAACAAUAUCAUCGAUGACAGCUACAAGCGGCUAG